GAGAGAGAGAGAGAGAGAGAGAGACCAAAAGGCUGUCAAACUGCUCUGGAAAAAAUCACCCCUCUUUGUUAUUGUUAUAUAAUAAUGCUAAUCAAUUUGGAUGAAGGAGUCGCUACGUCGCUUUUCACCAUCGUUACCACUGGCUGGGAAUUUAUUCACUGAUACAGCACUUGAAGCUUCCCCGAGAUUUCCCUGCCGAGAGAUCCACCGAAUUGCUGGGCGUGCGAGGCUGCGGCGUUCCUACAAAGUUAUGGAGACCCCUGGACUUUGGAUACCAAUGCCAGUUUCAAACAGUGAGAAAGGCGUAAAGUAUACAUGCCGGCUACAAAACAUAGAAACAGCUCCGUAAUAGAAAUUAGCUCUGCCAUGUCGGUCUGAUCAUUUGUGGUGCUCUGUAAAGCACUCAAUUUGAAUCACUUAGGAACAUCGUGCUGUGAAGAGCCGAGCUAUUUCAGCAAGAAGGCGGUUCUGUUUUACUGCAGAACAUUUUUUUCUUCUUUUUUUCUAUUUCUAUUGCAGUUGCAUAGUACUUAUCAUCUGUCCUUUUUCCUUUGUAUUUUGAACGAGCAGAGACCGGACUGGGGCGCUCUGAAUCGUUUGUUACAGUAUCAGCAUCUUUGUAUUUCUCCUGAAUUGAAGCUUUCCUCGAUACCUGGAGACAGUUUAAUGAAUACUGUUUCUUCCCCUCUGAUCUUCAUGACUCGGUAUCACUACAGUUAAAACUCCAUUCCACCUGAUAUCACAGCCCUCUUUCCUGAGGUGCAUUUGCUCAGUUGCUGCGGCCCACCCUCAGAAUAGCGUUUAGCGCUUAGAGUGGGGGAGAUGGCAGCUGCACUUGCCAGCUCCCUGAUCCGACAAAAAAGGCAGGCUAGGGAAUCCAACAGCGACCGCGUUUCAACCUCCAAACGCCGUCCGAGUCCCAGCAAAGAUGGGCGAAACCUUUGUGAGAGACACGUAUUAAGUGUUUUCAGCAAGGUGCGCUUCUGCAGCGGCAAGAAAAAACCAGUCCGGCGGAGACCACCUGCAGAACCCCAGCUGAAAGGUAUUGUCACCCGGUUAUUCAGCCAGCAGGGAUUCUUCCUGCAAAUGCAUCCUGACGGCACCAUCGAUGGGAACAAGGAUGAGAACAGUGAUUACACUCUCUUCAAUCUGAUCCCUGUGGGCUUGCGUGUGGUAGCCAUACAGGGAGUGAAGGCUGGCUUAUAUAUAGCGAUGAAUGGUGAAGGAUACCUCUACACCUCAGACGUGUUCACACCGGAGUGCAAAUUUAAGGAAUCAGUGUUUGAAAACUACUAUGUCAUCUACUCCUCAACGCUGUUCCGACAGCUGGAAUCUGGCCGGGCCUGGUUCCUGGGACUCAACAAGGAAGGGCAAGUCAUGAAAGGAAACCGGGUGAAGAAAACAAAACCCUCAUCACACUUUGUACCAAGACCAAUUGAAGUGUGCAUGUAUAGAGAGCCGUCACUACAUGAAAUUGAAGAGAAAAAGGGAGGCUCAAGAAAAAGUUCAGGGACUCCAACCAUGAAUGGAGGCAAAGUGGUCAAUCAGGACUCGACAUAACAGAAUCUUCACAACCCCCUCCCCAGAGCACAGGAAUGGGCCUGCAUUCACAACCCCCUCCCCAGAGCACAGGAAUGGGCCUGCAUUCACAACCCUCUCCACAGAGCAUUGGUGAAAAAAACUAAACAAGAAGAACCGAAUCCUGGCCUGUGCAUCGUUUUAGAGAAGAAAAAGAAAAGAAAAAUAAGUAUUUGAAAUCAGGACUUGAAUUUACAUUUUAUGCAAAAGUCUGCUGUGUGACAACAAAGAAAGUUCAUCUUUGCAUUCUGAUAAUAAAAAGUGAACUUUAAAAGUUAUAUUUUGGAAUUAGACUUAGUUAAUACUGUUAAUGCUAAAAUUCCAGCAUGGCAUUUUAAAUGUUCAAGUCACUUUUGCACACAUAGUGCUAUUAUUUAUUUAUUUCAUUAAUUAAUUAUUGGUUUUAGUCCAUUCAUUUAUAUAAUAUCAUUUUGAUAGGUAUGCUUAUGGAGGAUUUUAUCUGAAUAUGCUUCCCAAAACUAAGCUCAAAUAUUUUGUAAGAAUGACCAUCAUUUUGUUAAAUUUAUUCAAUUUAUUCAUCUUUAAUAAUUCUUUAUUAUCUUUUGGUCAAGAAAAAAUGUGUCAAGUUCAUUUCCGCGGUCAUAUGAAUUCAAGCAAUGUAAGGUCUGCUCUCACAGUUAUAAAUAAGGAUAAUUCAGAAUACAAAGUGUGUUUUUAAUAAUAAUAAUAAUAAUAAUAAUAAUAAUAAUAAUAAUAAUGUGAGGGUUACCAUGCCCAAAAUGACAUCACACAGUACUUGGGACUGAAUUAAAAACACCUGCAUUAACUCAGGAAGAAAUGCUAUUGAGUGACUGUUCCAUGCAAGCAGUUUGAUUCUUCCUAUUUCUAGCACUCUUUUUGAAAUUAUGUCUUGUUGAAGGUCUUCCAUAUCAAGAGGUAAUCUUGUGUUCUCUUUGAGCCAUAUUAAGCCAUGUUUGUAUUCAUCUCCUUCAAACCCUGUUUACAAAGUUUAGUAUUCCGAAGAUGUGUUUGUUAGCAGUCCUGUCAAUAGGAGAUGAAUGGAAGAGAAGUAGAAGUUCUGAACACUGAGAUGAACAAGGACACAUCAGCAAUCUCAGAUCUGAACACUGAGAUGAACCAGGACACUGAGAUGAACCAUGACACAUCAGCAAUCUCAGAUCUGAAUACCGAGAUGAACCAGGAUACAUCAGCAAUCAUUGAUCUAUUCUGAAUAACUGGAACAGGACCAGGUAACAAGAGCAUUUCAGCUUCUUUACCUUUUCACCUUUACAAGACUUUCACAAAUAUAUCAUGGAAUCAUAUAUUAUUAAAAUGUAUCUUAGCAAAAGUGACCCCAUCAUUAUUAUGCAUUGACUUUGAAAGUUGCCACAGGUACUGAAAGAAUGUCUGUCUUGCUGACUGAUUACACAAAUGGUUUUGAUCAUAAGAGCAUCGAGUCCCUGCUCUGUCUCCACUGCUUUCUUUACCAUCUAUCUCCCAGCUAUCACCGGGAUGGGGGGCUUUGUCAGCUGCAUAGGUACAUAAUCUAACAAAAAGUCUCAUCAACCCUGGAAAGUGAUUCUCCAGGCAUAUGGGUCAUAGCAAGAGACAUGUGUGUGUGUCAGUGGAUGUACGUGCAUGCGUGUAUGUCUUAAUGUGUGUCUGUGGCAAUGUGCCC